UUCAAAUAAUUUGACAAACGAAAAUUAGGUUAGGUUUUUCAAUUCAAAAAAGUCGGUUUUUACGUGAACGAACUCGUAAAGUAAUUAUUAGAUCACUUUUAACAAAAAGUAACAAAGUAAAAACGUUUUAUUGCCUUUCUCUAUGUAUGAUCUCAGUCCCAGUAAUAUUUCUUGUCUAUGAGCAUGAACAUUGUUCCACAAAACAAUUUUAAAAGCGAAAUGUCGAUUUGUAACGGCGAUGAUCUACUGGAAGUGUUUGCAGAAUUAAACGUCGACUUACGAAAAUUAAAUCCAAACGUGAUAAAAGCUUGGUUUGAUACAGACUGCAAGAACACUAAGAAUUUAUUAAAUUUCCUCUGUAAAUCCCUAUCAGAUGUUAACUAUGUGUCGCCGUUAGAAAAAACUGAGUUUGAUGAACUACCAGAGCAAGUAGAUGAGCAAAAUUAUUUGAACGAGCUCUCAGAAUUAGACCCCAGUUACAUUGAUAUUUUAGAUUUGGAUCAGAAUUUGUCAGAAAUAGCAUUGAUCGAGGAUGAAAUUCGGUUCUUAGAGGAGGAUAGCAGAAGAACAGAUCAGCUGAUUAAAGUUUUCGAAACACUGGAUAAUGAUUUGUCUACAAAGUUAACAAUUAAAACCAAAAUGGAUAUACAGUCAUCGGUCGAAUGUAGAAACUCUCAAGAGGAAUGUGAAGAGUUAUGCAAUACCUUGGAUGGAACAGUUAAAAAAAUCCAUGCAAGGUUUCUCAAAUAUGAUCCAGAACAACAGUUUGUCAAUUUCGUUGAUAUUAAGAAGUAUGAAGAAAAUAUGGAGUAUUUUAACUCACUUUUAAUGCCAUUGAUGGAAGUUGAUAAAAGCUGUCUAGAAAUUUCAGAUGAUAUCUUUUCAGACUCGUUAGAAACGUGCAAGAAAAGACUAAUACAAUCUCACCAAGUAUACUUUGGGAAUAAAAUAGAAAUAGAGUCUUACAAAGAAGUGGAACAUUUUUUAGACCAAAUAUGCAGGAAUGGAAAUUCUCUUAAUACCAGUUUUUUAAAUGAUAAAACAAGUAACGACGCCAAAGAAAUAUACAAAAGUAGACUCUACGAUGUCUUGGAUAAUAUUGUUUUAAAAAUUACCGAUCGUUAUUUAAAGCAAACUAGAAUUCGAUAUGUCCAAAGUGAGCUUGAGGACUAUCAAAAGAAAUAUUUGAAUAUAUUCAACAUAUUGGAAUGUGUUGUGAAAUUGUUGUCGUUUAUUACACUCACUAAUUGUUUACAGUGUGAGGAUAAGAAAGAUAUUGAAUAUAUUAAUAAUUUAUAUCAAAAAACCUUACGGUAUGUCAAUGAAGAUCUAUUAAAAUGUCAACAGAGAACUAGUCAUAUGAGAGAUAUUACCGAUUCUUACAAUUCCUCAGAUACCUCUAAAACAUUACUAAUGACAUUUAUAGGGAAAAUUUUAAAUAGCAACGAAUAUACCUUGAAGGAAACGUACAAAUGCUUUGAAAAAUUUAAGGCUGAAAUAAAUGCUUUGGAAAGUCAGAUAUUUUGUACGAAUAUUAACGAUGAAAUUAACAGAAUUAAAAAUGUAAAUGAAGAUAUAAAAGUUUUGGAGAAAUUUUUAAAAUCUGGACCGACAAAACAGAUUAUUUUGGUGCCGAUGGAGUUGAAAAAUGCCUGGUUGGAUAUUGAAGAACAUAUCAAAAAAGAAAGUAGUGCUAUUCAAAGUGCAGUGCAGAUUCCUCAAAGAACGCGUAAAAAGCUUACAAAAGCACAGACCACCAUGAAACAACUCUGGAUGUACUUCCUGACAAAUGCGGCCAAAAUCGAAUCUCUUAUCAAGCAAGCUGAGGAGGAUUUCAAGAAAAGAACUGCCCAAUAUUUUUAAUAUUAUUUAAAUUAUUUAUUGUAGUACAAAAGAAUUUAUAAAACUUUUUAAUAAAAA